AUGCUCGCUUUUGCUCUUAUCUACCUCUCCUACUUCUUAUCCCUCUUCAUCGUCCCAUACUUCUUGACUCUCUUCUUUUCAAUCCAUUUCCAAUCAGUCGAAUUCGGCGAAUACUGUUUUCCUACCAUCGAACCGGAAGAAGAAGAAACCACCGUGGGUGAUAUUCAAGACCAAAUCUAUGAGGAUCCUCCAUCAUCCUCAGAAGAAGACAAUGAAGGCGAAGUAGAAGGAUAUGAAGUUGAUUUCCAAGUCUUCAUGGAUGGUUAUUGUGGUCCCCAAUCUGCAUCACUCGACAUCAGCAACGAUGUACCUCAACUGAAUAGGGUGGCGGCGAACAAUCAACAUCCUCCACCUAUCAUGCCUUCCCGAAUACCGGAUGCGCCCAAUCUCCCACAGCCUUCAGAUGGUCCAUCAAUCCGAUCCUCCGAACAUGUGUUCACUCCAACUUUAUCUGUUCCACCUCAAGCAUUCUACCCAUACAUGGUAACACCUCAAGGGGCUCUCAUGCCACCGAUUAUCUUAUACCACAUGUACCCUUUCUGUAACAUGCCGUUGGACUACUUCAAAAAGCUCUACGAACAGUGUAGACAACAACUCAUCGUGCUCGCUCUUUCAAACGACGAUUCACAUACGCAAAGGGUAAAAUUGAUCUUUGGCGAGACUCAUCGUCCUUUCAGACUGGCGAGGAAAGAGAAGGAAUCAAGUAGGAAGGUGAAUAGGUAUUACCCUUAUAGGAGAAGGUCAAUGAAUGAGCGUUCAAGAUUACGACAAGGUAUCAAAGGAUGGCCAUACUCGCUUGAGAGGUUGUGGGGUUUCAAGUUCAAGUCCAAGUCCAAUCGCCGAACGAAGGAUUCACCAGUCUUGAAGACAUCCGAUAUCCUCUUAGAACAACUGCUCCCGGAGAAUCUCUUACGGAAGAAAAGACUUGAAAGUCCACCACCACCUUUCCCAUCUAUCCUUAAUAACGCUUAUGCGCCUAUACCAUCUUCUACUCCAAAUUUCACCUUCCUUCAUCCCCCCAAAAUCGGGAUUACACAACCUUUAGCCAAAGCUCUUGGCAAACGACCUUGUCGAGAUUGGGAUCAUGGGAAUGAAGAAAACUCGGAUAUUGGUACGAAGCAAACAAGGAGAUUUACAGUUGAAGCUGAGCUUCGAGUAAAAUCACCUUCACUUCACAAAUCCAAAUCUGUUGAAUUCGUCUUCACCAAACCACCUACUGUUCUGCCUGAUAAGCGUAGAUAUUCUCAACGUCGAUCACCUAGUCCUCCUCUGGGUCGUCAAGCUGGAUCAAGGAAGAAGAGAAGACUGACCGAGAGUCAGUUCUUGGAGAUUUCAGAUCUUUCCAAUGAAGAGAACAAGAAAGAAAAUGAAGAGAAAGAGAAGGAGCAGACUGCUCCUUGUACACCGCCCAGGAAUUCAGACAGCACACCUGAGUUGAGUGAUACACCAGGAGGAGAGGAGGAAAUGGAAGUACUGGUUACUCCGCCACAACCUUCUUCCACUGUUGUAGGAGAGGAAAUACAGGUGGUCUCUCCGAUUUCAGAAGGAGACGUAUUGUCUCUCACCUCACCAACUCAGUUGGAAAUCGAGUCAACCCCUGUGCAAGCGCCUCGACGAAGAAAGAAUCGUCCAGCACCUCUCGUUUUUGGUGGUUAUCUCAAUCCAGCUGGGGACACUCCAGCUGCUUCACCUACUCGUGCAGAACCUAGGGCAGUAACCCUGCCACAGCAACCACAAAUGGUCGGAAGGGAUACUUUGUCUCACUUCAUGGCGCCUUCGCUGGACGGUUACACCCAUUCACCAACUACUGCGAUGUUCUUGGAUGGACCUGCUAACAUGGCAGGAGGAGAGGUAGAGUCUGAAUCAGGGGACGAGCCUGGUCAAGGCAAGAGGAAAUGGAAACCCAACAAGUUGAGAAGAUUGAUGACUCACUUGCCGUAUCUCCAACCGACUUCACCCAGUCCAGCGACGAACUUCCUUCACAAUCGAAGACAAGCCUUGGUCCAGCAUAUCCAGAAAUUACUGGCUGAGAAACCUGUCGUACCUGAAGCCGUUUCAGUCGUUCCACCUCCUCUCAAGCAACCUGAUCGUGAAGAUCCACCUCUACCUAUCUCGCCUCUUGCAUCCGAUACCCCCAAUGCCACACGAGCACUCAACCCUUACGACCUCAAACCUUGGCCAAGGGAAUUACCAAAGCAGGAUCCCGCUUCGGUGAACUACACAUAUGAAUUUCUCCGGACCCUUCCUGAGCUCACUAGGUUCAAAUGGGCAAAGGAGGCGAACUAUGCCAGAGUCUUGAGGGAAACGUUCCACUACAGAUUUCUGAUGCAUAAGUGGGAGAAAGAGGAACGAGAGGCUAAGGAGGAGUAUGGUGAAAUAGGUGAUUUUAUGCGAGCUCUCCAAAAUACCAGUAAUGGUGAUGCACUUGGCAUGGACCAAUCAAGUGGUGGUCGUAAGCAAUUACGAAGAACUCCAUCUUCGACAUCGAUCUUUGGUGAAAACGCCCAAGCUGGACCUUCGAAACGAUUAGGAUCCAGAUCGGGACCUUCGACACCUACCAUGGCUUUGGGUUCACCUUUCCAAGGUGAUAUUGGAAGUAUCAUCGCUUCUGAGUAUGCCCUCGCCUGCCCCUCAAUUGUAUCUGCUAGUGUGACCGAGACUGUUAGCUCUUCACUACGCGACGAAGAUUCUUUACCAGCUGGAACACCUCUUCCUUCUUCCCACAGACCGAUAGCUCACUUGACAUCGGUCCCAACUGCAAUCCCGUCACCGGCCCCACCGAAUGAUCUGAUCCUUUCUACAACCACAGCAUCUUCGGUCGAAAUGCCUUCAGAACCUGUCCAAGAGUCGAGAGACCUUGAGUUGAGCACUCAUACACGCUCCUCUACGCCAUCGCCUCACGACAAUGCCAGUAUCGAACCUCAAGAAACAAUAUUUAUUUCUCCUAGUAGCGAAUCUACGGUAGAAGCUAAAGAUGUGUCUCUCAAAAUUGCAGAGAAGGAAAGCAUCGCUCCAGAAGGUUCAAUACCUGCUAGUGAGAACAGUUCUGAAGAAGUUGAAGAAGAUGAAAACGUGGAAAAGGAUACCCAUAAUGAUGGUCUCGCAAUACUUUCGUCUCGAGAGGAACAAGGUGACGAAAGUCGAAGCGAGGAAAUCGGUCUUACAUGUGCUGCUCCUUCCAUAGUUGAGCUACAGAAUGAUACUCAAACUAGUAUCGCCUCUUCUGAAGUCGAGCCAAAGGACAAGGACGAAACCAGUACAUCCUCAAUAUCAAAAUCAGCUUCAUCACCAUCAUCUGCCAAUACCUCGAUCAUCGCCUCUCGGGCAUUGGAAACAUCCUCAACCGAUCCUAAAAUCGCUCAAGAAUCGGUUCUGCGUGCUGCGGUGACUGAGGAGAGCCCUCAAAUGAAAUUCACAUUCUCAUUCCCAACAACUUCCAAUCAGACCGCGCCCAUCCCAUCGGUUGCACCUGCACCGCCAUCACCAAAGCCUCAAGCUGCCGUCGUCGAAGCCUCCGAAACUGGCUCCAAUGCUCCCUUUCCAAAUGCUCUUAAGUCGACUUUCGAUUUCCUCACUCGACCGGUACCUCCUACUCCACUCGGUCCGAUCAGUACUAUCAGUAGAGCUAUAGAUCGAGCUACUUCUUCUUCGAGAUUGGCUCGCGGUAAAGCUAGAAGUCAUGGUGGAGCGAUUAGAGGUGAAUUAGGUGGAUUAUGGGCUGCACAUGCCGCUCGAACUGCCAAUAAGGUCAAUCCUCCAAAAUUCACCAAGAAGACUGAUGGCGGAAAAAUGGAAAGACAGUUGAAGACGGCUCUGAAAGAGGGAGAAACCGAGAUGCAAGAUCAAGAUAUCAGUGAAGUGGUGGAGGAGAGACAAGAGGAGAGUAUGGAAAUCGUCCCUUCCGACAUUCAAGGUUCAUUUCGACCUACAUCGGCUUUCUUCCCUCUCCUAGCGUCUUCGUUCUCGACUGUACAUGAUCAACGAGUGCUUCCUUCUCAACAUCAAUCUAAUGAGAUCAUCCGACGCCAACCUCGCUCACCUCAACCUCUUUCGAUUUUCGAGAGACGACGAAACGCUUCUGCUCCUUCUGAGGUCGAAGAUGAGAUGGAAGUUGAUGAGAUCUGUGAAACUCCGCCCAAUUAUGCGAGCAGCACACCUCCUGCUUACACUCAUCGUCAUGUCCUUUCGCCCACCAGCUUCAAUCGCUUCUACCCCAUCGCACCACAGUCCGCUCAUCAUCAGGCUUCCCACCAAUCGCCUUCCUCUAUCUCGUCUAGCACCAAUGAGGAAGUAGAAAUGACCAAUGAAGAUUUUUUGAGUAAUACUGCUGCUCAUAAUCAAAGGGGUUCAUCUUUCGCUCAACAGAUGUACAUGCCCAAUAUCGUUUCUUCCUACCUCGCUCAAUUGGCUCAUCGACCACCUCCCGCACCAGCAAGAUUUAUGGAAGAUACGGAGAUGCAGGAGGCAAUCCUCAUGGAUACUCCCACUCAACCUUCCUUCCCUUCUCAUCCAGUCACGUCCAAUUUCACUCAUAACGUGGCGGCUCCUCAACCUCAUCUCAUACCACCAACCCAAGCUACCAGAGUAGAACCGCUACCACCUCAUCUACAAUUCCGACAACCUGCUUUUUACGAUGCCGACCAGGCAGACGAAGACGAAUUUGAGGAAGUUGAGAUUCCCGACCCUCCCAGCUCAGCAGCCAUUACCAAUAAGAUGGUACGAGAGACGGAAUCGGUCAGACAGGGUAUAUCAUCGCUCAGCAUAUCGGAUCCUGAAACAGUGUUAUUACCAAAUUUACCAUCCGUCGAUAUAGUACCCGAACCAUCACGAGCGGCGAUUGUUGAUCCUGAGGUCAAAAUAACACCACCACCGUCAGACGCAUCGACAUCGUCGCGCCUCCCACCCUCACAGGUACAUAUCGAACAACCAGUGAUAGUUGAUGCUGCUUUCAAUUGGGCCGAUCCUCCCGCUUCCCCUCGAUCAUCCACGGCUGAAAUGAAUGGAGCUGAAGAUCCCGUGCCAACAUCAGGAACUCCAGCCGAGUCAAACUCUACUCCUCAACCUAUCCUGUCAACGACACUUGGUAAUGUCAUUCCAACACCAAUCUCUGCCACCGUAACCUCCCCGAGCGAAGAUCCAAACAUGCCAUUCUCUCAGCCUUCAAUUCUAUCAACUCAGGGUCCUUUUGAAGCCGACUUGACGUUCCAGAAUGCACUUGAACCCCGGAACAUCAAGCCACUGAGAGCUUCUGGUUAUGCUGCAAGUGCCAAAAUGGGCUUACGAAUGCUUGCUAGUAUCGCUGAGGAAAAGGAGGAGAUUGACCAUGAUAUGAUUGACAUGAAAGCGGUAGAAGAUGUAAUCAAUGGUGACGAGAAGGUAGAGGAGAGUGGAAGAAGGUCAAGUUGGGAAGAAAAGGGUAAGAACAAGGCGGUCGAGGUCGAAGGUGUACCAGAAGGUACCUACAAGGUCGAAGAGUCAACCGAGACUUUGUCGUACGGCGAUAGAGAGCUCAUUGACAUGCUGACUUCUGGACCUUUACCGAGCUGGCUCGCUCCAGAAUCGGAACCGACAGUAUAUCAGGAGCCGUCUACCACCUUCUUCGAUCAACAGUGGUAUAAUCCAACUCAAGGUCAAUAUUUCAUACCUUCUUGCCUGAAUUCAUCAUUCUCGACUGCUCCUCCUCUUUUCGACUACAAUGGGUACCCGCUAAGGCGAAGGCCUGUUCGAAGCCAAGAGCAAUUCGCAAUUCCACCUACCUCCGCUAUAGCUCCUCCAUCCAGUCCUCCUUCUACACCACCCCCACCAGCAGUGGAAGUAGCGACCAAAGGAGAAAGUGAUUUCAUACCGAAUGCGAAGUCAGGUAAAGAAAGAGUCAUGGCCUAUAUCAAUAACACCUCUGCCCUUGGGAAAAUCUCAUCACGAUCUUCCUCUGGUCACAGUCUUUUCUCGAUGUCGCCGGUACUUACGCGUACUCAGAUGGGAAAGAUAGAUGAGGAGAUCGAUUUGCGUAAUUUCAAGAAUGAGGAAUACGAUAAAGCAAACAUGCCUCCUCCUGGUUUUGUCACGUUCCCCAAACAACGAUUCAACCAAGGGUCUUCUGGCACAUCAGCAGGUAACUUGGCUCUUCCGCCCGCCAUACCUUCAUCUUCCGGCUCAGCUUUCAAACCUGUCAUUGGACCUUCGAAGUCGACUCUCAUUACCUUUCCUUCCAGCUCUCUCAGAUCGUCGGAAGCUGUACAGGAUUCGGGUAGCUGGGAAUUGAAAACGUCUUUCCAAGCUGCUAAAAGGGGAAAUGAAAAGGCUCAAGAAGAGGAACUUCAAGGACGUGCGGAUAUACCUAUUUUUCUACCUGUUCUUACUCCUGAUUUGAUAUUUGAAGAUACACAAGGACCUUUGACAAGGAUAUUGGCGAGGUUACCCGCAAGAGUACGUCGGGCGUUGGACGCAGCCGCAACCGAUGCUCAACAAGCUCCCACGAAUGCGAACGAGGUUGGACAACUGGGAUACCCUCCAUCUUCAACUUCUUCUUAUGAAUCUUAUGGAACAUGGACAGGCCAGCGGACCUCUUCAAUUUCAGGUGAUCUCGGAGACUUCUCUGUUCGACCCGUCGAUAUUCCCUUGCGAGGAUCAUGA